AUGGUGGGUUCAUGUGUCCUACAAGCGAUCCAGGUGUCAUACGCGAUCCUGCGAUGCUCGAGCCAAGCCGCAUCUAGUUUCGUUCCCUCAGGGGCUUGCUACUAUCGAGCUGGGGUCUAUGUUAGCGGUGCUGUCGUUUCUGGGUGGAUUAAGUGGUUGGGAUGUUGCGACCUUCAAUCGUGGUCCUCAUCGGUCAGAUUGGCAACAGCUCUAUUCCUCACAGCUGUUUUGGUCGUCCAUGCGCAAGAUAUACCAACUGUGGAGUUACGAAGCGGGAUCCUUGAGCUCAAGCUGCCUUCGGAAAUCGAUCUCACAGGUGGCCUUCCACCAGGCGGCGACAAGGGCGUUCCCAUCGGGUUCGACUUGAAUGCACGGAACCAGUACUUGGUGCAGAGUCGUACUGAUGACACCCUGUGGCCGCUGCGUAAUGAGCUGGUAAAGCAGAGCGUGAGCGUGCUGGAAGUGGUUGCCACUAACACGCUUCUUGUGUUCGGCCUUCCUGGAGCUAUCGUUAAAGCAGCCUCGUCGUACAACGCGCUUGUGGGUGAGUACCGGGGCGAUUACAAGAUCUCCCCGGAGACACUGGUUGUUAUCAGCUCAGCGGCGCCAGCCGCCCCAGCGGCCGGGGGCGGGCGGCGAAGGCUCCAAGAAGGGGAUGAAAACCUCCUCAGCGACCUCCUGCGCGGCAACGGCGUCCCGGGGACGCCGAGUGCACUCAGUGGCCUGAUGACGUGGGAUAUGUACGACAUUGGACGAAAUGGUCCCGGAGCAAAGACCGGUGAUAACAGCCGCACGGCCCCGCCGCCGCCACGGCCUCAGCUGAAGGCAAACGCCACUCUGUACGGAUUGGUCGCGCGCCUGGUUUCGGGGCUUGUACGGGACCCCUUGACAGUCCAAGUGUCGAAUUGGCGCUAUCGAAUGUUGGACCUUUUCGGACUGUCCGCGAACGACCCAUGCGCACCACGUCUUGUAGACUCGGGCCAGGCCAACUCCCUUUCCACGAGUAUCCUCGUCUUCGUCUGCUUCCAGGAUUUCAACCGGACCAUUGACUGGCUGAAGCGGGAACCCCUGGUGACUUGGGUUGAGCCUCUGCUCCGAGCUGAAUCGACAAACGCAAUCGCAGGAUGGAUCUUACAAACAGGCAACCUAACGGCAACGCAGUACACGAACCCGACGGCGGCCCUACGACCUUACUGGAACGCCACCCUCCGCGGCGAGGGAGUUAUUGUUGGGGUGGGUGAUACUGGUGUGGACAUGUCCCACUGCUCCUUUAUCGACAACAAGUACCGCCCAGGCAGCCUUCGUUCCAUGUUCGUGGGCAACCCACUUCGCCUGUACCUGCCGAACCACCGAAAGGUCGUGCAGUACGUCCUCCCGGAGGGCUCAUCCGUUGCCUGGUUUGGCGACGAAAACGAUGGGCACGGCACGCACGUCAGUGGCAGUGUGGCGGGCUCUGUCCUCGACAGCAACGGCCAGCUCGUGAACGACGCUUCGACCGGCUCCGCGCCCUUCGCCCGCAUCAGCAUGUUUGAUAUUGCGUACGCUAAUAUGAGCGGGCUGUACAUUCCAAUUCCCCUGGACGACAAAGUACUUCCGUACCACUAUGCUGUGGGAGCUCGCCUCAGUUCCGAGAGCUGGAGCCAGCCGUUUGGCCUAGCGACAGCUUACAUGGAGUAUGCUCGUCAGUUUGACGCCUUCGCCUGGAGAAACCCGGAUUUCCUGUCAGUUGUCGCCGCCGGCAACUUCGGCUUUAAUGGACUGAUGAGCACUGUCACGUCGCCUGGGACGGCCAAGAUGGUUGUCCCUUAUGUGUUUCCGCAGAACGUCCUUACAAUCGGCGCCUCCCUGCCCACCAUCAAGGGCUCCACUGACCCCACGGUCAACCGGGCUUUCCUCUUCCGCUACAACAACACUGCCACCUCCCGACAAGGCUUCGCGCUGUGGCCACGACGAGGAUCAAGCAUGGCCAACUGGACGGCCGUGGCGAACAACAGGGAAGUGCCUGUGCGCAUGGCCAACCCCGAGCACGCCUGCACGAGCCUUACCAUCAACGCGACUGGCAGCAUCGUCCUCAUCGAUCUUGGUGCUCCCGGUGCGACCUGCACCCUCGCUCAGCGAGCCACCAACGCCGUGGCGCGGGGGGCCGUUGGCGUCAUUUUCAUGCUGGAAUCAGACAACACCUUUGUCGAGGAGUUUGCCAUAGUCAACCCGCCGAACAUUCCUCUGCCUUUCGUCUACGGCUUCACAAAUCGGGCAACCGGUAUCGCAGUCCGGACCUACGCACGGGGCAACGUUACGCUGACAAACCCGACCAUGAUCUGCCUCACCUAUCCUAACAUCAACUUGGGCAUCGACGGCAUCGCCUCGUUCUCAAGCGCCGGCCCCACCCGGGACGGCCGAUUCAAGCCGGAUUUGGUUGCCCCCGGAGGAGCUCCGGGCAUUUUGUCUGCGGAUUCUAGUAACUUCCCAAUUGACGGCCUCAACGCAGACGUCACGGACGGCACCUGCAGCAAGAGCACGAUCCGAUACCAGGGAACCUCCAUGGCAACCCCCCUCACUGCGGGUCACCUGGCCCUCAUGCGCCAGUACUUCAGGGACGGCUUCUAUCCGAGUGGAGUGAAGAAUGACGUCCUUUCCGCGAGCUUCGAGCCCUCCGGCAUGCUUAUUAAGGCGUUGGCCAUUGCUGGCGCGGAUUCCUUGGCGGGCGGCUACGCAUUGUCUGGAGGGAGAGUGUUGGGUAACGCCCCUGAUGGUUUCCAGGGUUGGGGUCGGCUUGACCUUAGCGGAUCUCUCCCGCUCCCGGGCCUUACGAAUCCGAACGUCAAGGUGCAAGUUGCAGACUACGGCGUGAUUACCAAUGGCCAAAUGGUUUUCCUUCGAGGCCUCAAAGCUACCGGCACUGGGCCGGUGUUUGCCACCUUGGUCUGGUAUGACUACCCCGCUUCGGGUUCGGCUUCCAAAGACCUCUACAACGACUUGGAUUUCGGAUUCCAAAUCAAUCAGCGCAACACGUCCAUCACAACCUACUCCGUGACUCGCAAUGAUUCCGUGAACACUGUCGAACGCAUCGAGCUGACCACGCUCAAGGCCAACGACCUCAUCACUUUUGUGGUGCACGGACGCAACAUCCGGCACAGCCUGCUGACGACGCCCGACGCCCAGCUGCCUCAGCGCUGGGCGGUGGCUGUGGUGGGCCACUUCAACGGGACGCUCCGGACCCAGUACAACCCAUCCUACGUUGCACCCAACCGCUUGUCAACGGAUGGCCUACCAGCUCCAAUGCUCGUCCAAAGCUCGGCAACGACGUCGUUUCCGUGUGCUGGAUCGUUGCGGAACGGCACGCUCGUGCUUUCCACCGCGCUCUGCAAUGACACCUCAUCCUCAACUUUGGUGUUCACGGAGGAGCAAGAUGUCCGGACCGGGUAUUACUACUACGUUGUGCGAGAUUCAGUUGGACUAUGCAUGGCAGCUCCAUCCAGUUUAUCCGGUACUAGGGUCAUCUUCCAGAACUGCUCCGGAUCCUCAUCUCAAAAGUGGGCCUUGUUCCGCAACAGACUCACAAACGACGGGCUCUUCAUGGUCACGCCGCAGAACGCCCUUGGGGUGCUCCCUGAAGAACGGCGUUGCCUUAGGACUGGCCUGUCCGGCACCGCCACCAUCCUCUUGCUGCAAGCUUGCUCCGAUGAGGAUGUUGCACAGGGCUUCCGUAUCGCACGCAACACGAUUGUCCGGUCACCGCCGCCGAUCAGCGCUCCUCCGCCCAGCCCGUCACCACCUGCGCCAGUUAACCAGGUUGUGGACAAGCCAUGGUAUCCGUAUCCGCUCACCUUCCGUCUGGAUUUCUAUCCCAUCGAAGGCCAUCCCAACGACUACGACUACGACUACUCGAAUGACCCAGAACGUAGGGACUACUUUGGCGUCCCUAACCUCUCGGACAUGGACCUCGUGGUGGCCUGGAACUCGGGCGGGCAGGAUUAUCAAGUGACACCCGACAAUUUUGCCGUGGCGCCGACCGUGGACGGCGUCGGCGGUGCUGUGCACGGCGGCGAUAACAAGAUGUACACUAGCAUGUACGAGGUCGUACAUUUCCGUACUGGCCUGACACCGCCAUUGACUACCUACCAUAUAUGUGCCGCUUGGUCUGAGACUGAGACACCGUCGAUGAAGGCGGUUGCUACUGUGUAUCAAGGCUACCAAGUUGCCUCUUCAAGCAAGGUCUUUGAUGUGACGGCGCAAGUGGAUUACACGAUGCCGUGCAACCCCUCCGCACCCGGCUACAUCUUCAGCUUUACCCUGACGAACACGACGGCGCCGCCGGCGCCGCCUUCGCCACCGCCGCCGCUGCUGUCGUACCCCUACCCCCUAGCAUUCCGCGCAGACUGGACUGUCGUUGGCGGCAUGAUCACCCGUGAGAACAACCGUCCUGUGGAUAUGGACCUCGUGGUGAGCUGGCGAUACUUCGAUGUGUACAAGGAGCUGGGCUAUUAUCUCCGCGUGAAUAUGGAUGGCAGGUACAACGGCGAUAACAUGGAAGAGCGAUCCAACUAUGAGUUGAUUUACUGGCCGGAGGAUCGCAUCCCGCCAUCCGCCAAGUACGACGUCUGUGUACGAUGGUACGGACCACGAAAGCCGCUGGCGCAGAUCACACUCAGCGUCUUCUACCAGGGCCAGCUGGUCCGCAUGAACACCACGAUCGUCGACACGACGUUUCCGCGAAACACUGCCUGUAACGCCUCUGCGCGCGGUUACCUGGGCAGCUUUGAUCUGUCGUGGGUUCCGCUAGCGCCGCCACGGCCGCCGCCGCUAGCGCCGCCGCUGAUGCCAAACAUACCGGCGGCUCCGCCUUUGCCGCCGUCACCGCCUCCCUCGCCGACGCCACCGAGCCCGCCGUCCCCUCCGGUGCCAGAUGCCUGUAGUGCCCCGGCGUCGACGGCAAGCCUUUUUGGCUUAACAUUCCGCACCAGAUGGUUUCCCAGUAGCGGCGCCACCAACGUCAUUUACGACUGGGAUAUGGUCGUUGCCUGGACCUUCGGGGGAAGCUCCUUUGAGCUGGCUCAGUACAACCGGUUUGUAGCUGGCGGAGUCCAUGGUGGUGACAACAUUAACAUCGCCAACAGAACCAACGGAGAGGUCGCCUUCUGGCCGACAGGUGUGACUGGCCAACAGCCCCAGCCCGCUGACUACCACGUCUGCGUGCGGUGGUAUCAGACGGCGAUUCUCAACGUGACCCUCACCGUCUCUCUAGGUGCUAACGUGGUGAAGACCACAUCCACCGUUUGGUCAAGCUCAGAUAUUAUCAGCAAGAUCUGUGCGCCGGGUGUGGCGGGCUAUGUCGGUACGUACACAUACACGGGCAUCAACAGUUCGAGCCUAACUGGUGGCGUCAGCUCAAUCUGGGCCAGUGGUCAGGCGGCUUCUAUGUCAACCCUACAGAAAGGCUCUGUGGAUGUGGCCUCAACGGAGAGAGUAGAGCCUGUAAAGGCCCUGCCCUCUAUCACACAAGCCGGUGCUAGCAUGUCGUCGGCGGGUUCCUUCGCUGAGGAUGACGUGUCGGUGGCAGGCGGCGAAGCGGCGAGCAGUGCAGAGGGGCCGGCCAGCAGCUUGCCAGCAGAGCGUAGCGUCAAUGGUGGGUCAGGCAGCGGCUCUGCCAAGAACUCCGUGGCCGUUGCCGCAGGGGCCGCUGUCGGCGGUCUUGUAGGCGUUGCCAUAGUUGCGGCCGUAGCGAUGCAGUUGAGGCGUUCUCGGCAGCGAAUGACUCGUGUUGCGGCCCUGUAGAUCUGUGCAGCGGGAAAGGCCGUGCACAUGCUGCUGUAGCAGGAGCAGCAGCAGCAGUAGCAGCAGCCACCGCAGCCGCCGCAGCAGUAGCAGCUGCAACCUGCCGGGGCAUGGGAGGUCGGCUGCUGCGAGUAAGACAGGAGAGGUGUAGCAGGCGCAGCGGGAUGGAAGCAGCCAUCUGUUGCCGCAGUAGCAGCAACAGCAAGCAAUAGCUGCGGCUUUCAUUGAGUGGCUCUCGGCAGAUGCGGGGGGAUGCGGGGAGUCACGGAGCGAUAACGGAGUGGCGCGCGAAAGGAGAUUGCUGCCUUGCUUAUCACGAUCUCCAUAGACUCAAAAUUAUGACUCGCCGAAUGAUUGAACACGGUACACAUGCGUAUAUUCAGCUCCUGUGAUUCGUACUCGCAAGCGUGCGUGCAUAGGUUGAUGUUACGUGUGCGUGUAGGCUCGCAUUGGUGAUAUUCUAGCAGAACAAAGUUGAACAUUGAUUCGUCGUAAAGCUUGUUUCUGCAGGUGCGUAGGGAAAUAUAUUCAUCCAAGCGGAAGAGCUUGGUUGCUUUUUUAGGCGUCGUAUGCAGCAGGCGGUGUGACCGCCAGAUGCGGCCAUUUUAGUUCCGCUUGUUGCUUAAGGUUGUUAAAGUAGCUGGAUGGCACGCUUUUGCUUCAGAAAUAUUGAUGACUGUGAUGACCGGGUCGAUGAUGUAUGACCGGAUGAUGAGAAUUUCACGUUCCAAUGACGACUCGCGGGAGCUAUCUAAGCCGUACAUUGUACGGCACUGGCUUGCUUCGGGUCAGAACAGAGCGUUCAUGCGUGCGCGCACGAUGCGAUUCACUCCAGGGAGAUCCUCUUCCUCGGCGGUUGAUCUUCUUCCCAACCAUCCACUAGCAACUAACUAACAAACGUGGUCCUUGUAGUAGAGAGUCGUGGACACCUCAUCCACGUGCGUCGCUGCAUAGUGUUGCUGCAUAAAAAGCUGACCUAGGGAAUCUGCGGUGCUGUCUGCUAUUGGUCGCACGAAUGUGCAUGCACCGCAGCAACAGGUAGCAGUCGUUUCGUUGCGGGCAUGGCCAUUGCUCAAAUGUGUACGUUACGGUGGACGAUUAUAUUGCCUGUGCUCAACCGCCUCAUCUUCGGUUCCUCGGCGAACUCCCUUGUAAUGCCCUUCGUGGAAGGGAUGAUUGAAGAAUUUUCUUCAAUCUUUUGUGUAGCGAUAUCGGCUAUAGUAGUCGCGAACAGAACAGCAGGAAGAACCGCAGGAGGAGGCCCUAGGCGUCGUCCAGUACGUGCAUGACGAGUAGAAAUACACGUGCAAUAAUUAGAUGUCGAGUACGUGCGUGACUAGAUGCGCGUGUCCGUUGCGUAUUGGUUCUGUUGCGUGUGUGGAUUUGUUCGAUGUGCCACAUCAUGGUAUGGAAACGAAUCGACAGCUGACAUCUGGUGCGAACAUAUUGGGUGAGUUUUCUGCUGUAAAAGGACGGGCAUGUUAUUUGCAUGUAUGGUGUAUCCGCG